GCUUCGGGCAGCGCCGGCGAGCCCGCGGCCAGCCGGCGUCGGAGUGGGACCCUGCGCCGCUCCGCGAGGCAGAGAGUGAGGUCCAGAUUUUCCUGCUCCCGCACUGUCUCCCAGACUUCUGGGGCUUUGCUACCCUAGCUGGAUGUUGAAGCCACCUACACCACCCUUGGAUGUUGACAAUCCCAGUUUCUCCACCCACUAAGAGGUGUUCCUAGGUGCUGACUUACGACAAAAGAACCAGGAAGCAAGUGGGGCCUCUCUGAGCACAGAGAGCAGAAAACUAGUUCAUGAUGGCUCUGACAGCCUGUCCAGAGCCACCCAGCUGGUUCGAGCUGAACCCCAACUGUGACUGUGAGAGUGAGCUGCUUGGCCCCUGCAGACCUGGCCUCAGAGGAUCCCUGGCUUGAAGACCCGUCGGUCCCCCCACCCUCUUGGAAAGGCAAGGAGAGCUGAUAUGCCCUCCUGGCUUAGUCAUGGCGAAGCUGGAGACGCUACCUGUGCGUGCUGACCCAGGAAGGGAUCCCCUCCUGGCCUUUGCCCCACGGCCUUCUGAGCUUGGGCCUCCAGACCCCCGCCUGGCCAUGGGCAGUGGGGUGGCCCAUGCUCAGGAGUUCCCUAUGAAGAGCGUGGGCACCCGCACAGGGGGUGGGAGCAGCCAGGGAAGUUUUCCUGGUUCCCGAGGCAGUGGUAGUGGGGCCAGCAGGGAGAGGCCUGGCCGCUACCCCUCAGAGGACAAGGUUCUUGCCAACUCCCUCUACCUCAAUGGUGAACUGCGGAGCAGCGACCACACAGAUGUCUGUGGCAAUGUGGUGGUUAGCAGUGGUGGCAGCAGCAGCAGUGGGGGCAGUGACAAGGCUCCACCACAAUAUCGGGAGCCCAGCCACCCACCCAAGCUCCUGGCCACCUCUGGCAAGCUAGAUCAGUGCUCGGAACCACUAGUUCGGCCAUCAGCCUUCAAGCCUGUUGUACCUAAGAACUUCCAUUCCAUGCAGAACUUGUGUCCUCCACAGACCAAUGGGACCCCUGAGGGGCGACAGGGCCCUGCUGGCCUCAAGGGUGGACUGGACAAAUCUCGGACCAUGACACCAGCGGGUGGGAGUGGGGGUGGCCUCUCAGACUCAGGCCGGAACUCACUCACAAGCCUGCCCACCUAUAGCUCCAGUUACAGCCAGCACCUGGCACCCCUUAGUGCUUCCACUAGCCAUAUCAACCGCAUUGGCACCGCCAGCUAUGGCAGUGGCAGCAGCGGUGGGGGGUCAGGCUACCAGGAUCUAGGGACCUCUGACAGUGGGCGUGCUUCCAGUAAGAGCGGGUCAUCAUCAUCCAUGGGGCGGUCCGGCCACCUGGGAUCUGGGGAGGGAGGAAGUGGGGGUCUGCCAUUUGCAGCCUGCUCACCACCUUCACCUAGUACACUGAUCCAGGAGCUGGGGGAGCGGCUAUGGGAGAAGGAGCAGGAGGUGGCGGCUUUGCGGAGAAGCCUGGAGCAGAGCGAGGCGGCGGUGGCCCAGGUGCUGGAGGAGCGGCAGAAGGCCUGGGAGCGCGAGCUAGCUGAGCUUCGGCAGGGCUGCAGCGGGAAGCUGCAGCAGGUGGCCCGCCGUGCCCAGCGUGCCCAGCAGGGACUACAGCUGCAGGUGCUGCGACUGCAGCAAGACAAGAAGCAACUGCAGGAGGAGGCAGCCCGGCUGAUGCAGCAGCGGGAAGAAUUAGAGGACAAGGUGGCCGCCUGCCAGAAGGAGCAGGCCGACUUCCUGCCCCGCAUGGAGGAAACCAAGUGGGAGGUGUGCCAGAAGGCCGGUGAGAUUUCCCUCCUGAAGCAGCAGCUGAAGGACUCGCAGGCCGACGUGUCGCAGAAGCUGAGUGAGAUCGUGGGGCUGCGCUCACAGCUGCGGGAAGGGCGGGCCUCGCUCCGGGAGAAGGAGGAGCAGCUGCUCAGCUUGAGGGACUCCUUCGGCAGCAAGCAGGCCAGCCUGGAGCUGAGUGAGGGCGAGCUGCCCACUGCUUGCCUCAAGCCUGUGCUGACCCCUGUGGACUUGGCUGAGCCCCAGGAGCUAGCCACCUGUGAGAGUGAUGAGGCCAAGAUGCGCCGUCAGGCCGGGGUGGCAGCUGCCGCCUCCCUGGUUUCUGUGGAUGCGGAUGUGGAUGCUGGGGGAGAGAGUGGGACACGAGCCCUGCGUCGGGAGGUGGGGCGGCUGCAGGCUGAGCUGGCCGCUGAGCGGCGGGCAAGGGAGCGCCAAGGUGCCAGCUUUGCAGAGGAGCGUCGUGUGUGGCUAGAGGAGAAGGAGAAGGUCAUUGAGUACCAGAAGCAGCUGCAGCUGAGUUAUGUAGAGAUGUACCAGCGCAACCAGCAGCUGGAGCGGCGACUGCGGGAGCGUGGGGUGGCUGGGGGUGCCAGCACACCUACCCCCCAGCAUGGUGAGGAGAAGAAGGCCUGGACCCCCUCCCGCCUUGAGCGCAUUGAAUCCACAGAAAUCUGACCUUCCACCUGGGUACACACCCUUCUGACAAAUGCCCUGUCUGAAGGUCCAAGUCCUCAGUAUUCCUUUCUGUCCAUUUCCCCUCUCCAUGUGCCACAUAUCCCCAGACCAAAGAGGUUCUCAAAGCAGCUGUGACCAGGCUCGCCCCACACCUCAUGUCCUACCAGCUCCAGCACUGCCCUUAUGGGUAGACGCCAGUCCUUCCUGCCAAGGAGAAAGCAAGGGGGAAGGUAGAAUGCAUGAUGCGUUGGGGAGAUGAGGGCCUAGGCAGUAGGGAACAUCCCCUUUCUGGGAAGCCUCUUGUUGGAGAUGGAGGCAGCAGACUUGUAGCGCCAGGAGGUGCCCCAGCCCUGCCUCUUCGGGGCUUUAGGUUGCUGUUGUCGACUCCCUGUGUCUGUUGCUGCUGUCAGCUCUCCUAGGUCACACAGCCUGGUGGGGUCUGUAUGGAUCUAGGGAUCCUGUCAGACCCUGGGUUCCUUGUCUCUCUCCUUCAUUUGGUGUCCUUCCUCCCCAGGCAGAUUGGCAGGACAAGUGGGUGCAGAUAGCUUGUCUGUAAGGUUGAGGGGGUUACCUGCCUAACCCCUUCCCAGCCAGAUGUCUUGGGCUCAGGCCUCAGAGCCUGGUUUUGUUCUGAGCAAGUGUCCCUCUGUGUGGUUGAGGAAGGGGAGAGCUGAGGCUGGAAGCUCAGCACCAAGGGGACAUCUGCCUUCCUAUUGUUGGGACGGGUCACCUAGAAGCUUCUCAGCUGCACUCUCACCCUUAUAGCCAGAAUUCUACAGGGCAACAGCCCCCACUGCUUGGCUGACCCCAAAACCAAGGUCAUUGUUCAGCUCUUAACUCCAGCUAUUAAGUGCUAUUGUCUCUCAGGCACUCAUUUUGUCCAGUUUCUGAGGUCAGAUGAGUGUCUUCCCAUGCUUUCCCUCAGUCUUCUCCCCAGCUUCAUGCUCACACCAUCUUCCCAAGCUGCCUUUUUCUCAAAGUUUCAUCUUUUCUUCUAUUAAAAGUUCUGCUUGAUCUCUGCCCACUUCCCAGCUCCACUGGCCCAAGUCUGAGCCUGAGGCCCUUGUUUUUCCAGGCCAGGGAGAGUUGGCUGUGAUCUCCUUGAAGAACAAGGCUGCUCUGUGAUGACCACUGACCCUUUGGUUGCUUGCCACGCUUGGCUCAGUGUUUGCCCAGGGAGACUUGGUGUGACCAUCAGUAUUGGUUGGGACAGUUAAUACUCUUCCUUCACUGGGGUCACUAUCAGAGUCUAUCUCCCUAAAAUAGGAAGGGAAACUUUAAUUUUCCUUCUCAGAAAGUAAAUUUCAAUUCACCAGCAAUAACAAUCAGAGGAGGUUUGGCCCUCAGUCAUUGUGUUUCUCUUUUGCUCUCUUCCACACCCAAGAUUGAAUUUUGGGCAGAAUGGAGAGAGCUUGCAACUACUGUGAGCAAGUCCCUAUAUACCUACCAGCCUCCUCCCUUGACUGGUGACUGUUUAAUGAGCUGUGCAUCCCCUACAAAACCAGGAGUGCCCUUUCAUGGCCUCCAGCCCUCUGCACAGCCCCACUUGGGUAGUCCUCACCAGGUUUCUGAGCUGGGUGAGAGGCCACCCUGGUAACCACUGCCCAUCCACUAACCCCUCACUGCAUCUGCCCCAGAACCUGGGCCUGGGCCACAGGGACUGGGAGAAGGCAUUAGUAGAAAGAGAAAAUAUAUGAACAGACUCAGCUUUGAGAUGUCCAAUCACAAAAUAAAUUAUAUAUAAAUAUAUAUGUAUAUAUAUAUAUCUACCAUAUGUGAUGGAAAGACUUCAUUUUCUUUUCUCAAAGAAAUAAAAUGAAGAAGGCCUCUUGGA